AUGUCAAAUGCACAGAAGAAUAGAACAUCACAGCCUGAAACCGAUGGUAGUGUCCUCAAUGGCACUGGUGACCUGGCGAUUGACACGGAGCGCAUGGGAAAGAUCUGCAAGAAGCUCAAAGAACCGGAUCCGUGGCCAAAACGAUUCUCCCAAACUGUCAAAGAGCGACAUGACAAAAUCAUCAGGAGGGCGAAUGAGAUUAAAGAGCAGGAGUUUGUACUCGUCCUGUGGAAGGAAGUCCGCCAUGCACUGACCAAUCUCAGUCUAGCAAGGAGGGAUGAGUUCGAACGCGAAUUCUUGCCGCUCAUACAGGAAGCGCUGGGAGGGACCGGAGACAACAACGAGGGAGCCAGCCCGGCAGACCUGCCCAUCCACGUUGCGUAUCUCGGCGCAGAAGGACAACCAUAUUGUGAAGCUAUGGUCACUCUGAUGAAGCAGGCGGACGCACUGACAUUCACAUUCGAUCAGCUCUCGGCUCGCGAUCCUCCGCCAUCACGUCUAGCCGAAAUCAACAAAUCUUUUGAGCAGGACAAAGUACUCGCCGUAGCAACUGUCGAAGCGGGAAGGCGGGUGGCAGAAACGGCAGUAGACGACCUUCUCGCCGACAGGUUUCAAGAGGUGCGCAAGUCCAGUGGCCUUACUGCAGAAGAGGAGAACAGGGGGAGGCUACUAUUGUCGAGAGGAGUCACGACAGACACACCGACAUAUGAACCAUUGGGUUGGGGAAAUGUCUCUCGGGAUGCCGAAAGGGCAUUGAGGAAGCUCUGCUUCGCGGGUGACACGCAUGGGAAAGACCAUUGA